AUGAUGCGACCAGUCAGGCCAUCUGAUGAUAUUCUCGCGCCAAGGCAAUAUCUUCAUAUGAUGCAACAAACAGAUAUCCAGCACACGCGAUGGAAGUUACAAGGCGGCUGGAAGAAAAAAGUCGCUUGGCUCAGUAUAAUUUUGGGUCUUGUUUGCUACAUCUACUGGUACACUCUUGAGAUCUUCAAGAGGGACUCUUUCUACGCAGAACUCGAAGCAGCUGAAAACGAAGCGCGAGAACUUGACGGUAGAAUGCCGCUUGGAUAUAAUAUUUCUGAUCCUAAAGAUGACGAGGAAUUUGAAUGA